CGAAACGUAACUCGUCACAUACGCCUGGCACUUGCACAUGGCGCCUUCGCCACCGCUGCGCUCGCACAGUGGAAAAGGUCGACGCCCUCGUUCGCCGAACCCACCGUCAACGCUCGACGGCGAUUGCGGUGCUGAGGAGAGGCACCGAUGGUGAUGCGUGAGGGUCGGCGCUUGCGCAUCUCGGCAGCAUGUGCGGCGAUGAUGGCCUGCGCCACACCGCAGCCGCAGCACUGCCCCACAUCAAUCUACUACUAGCGGUGUACAGCGGUGCGGCACUGGCGAUGAGUGCGCGACUCAAGUGGGAUCCCAGCGCGUAUGUGUUGCUGCGUGAGCUGCUGCCAAUGGAGUACAACGCCGCGGCCGUGGCGCUGCCUACGUUGGCACUCUUGCUGUUGUUGCUGGGGCAUCUCGCCCAUGCUGCUACGCCCCCCAGUCGCAGGUUGCUUUACUCGUACGCGGCCUUGAUGGUGGCACUUGUGGUGGCUGAGGUGACAAUCGCGGUGUUGGCCUGGCGACGCGUGCACGAGUGGCUACGUUCGCCAUCCGCCGUCGCGGCCGCGGAGAUGCAGCGCGAGCUGGGCGAACACCUGUUGCCACUGCUGCGCGCACUCUCACGACUCUAUCCGUUGCCCACCAAGCUAACCGAUCUUAUCGAGGAGGCGAAGGCGGAUUUGCCGCGAAACGGAUAUGUGGCGGGCGGCGCAGCAGUGUUGCUGCUGCUCCUGCAAAUAGCGGGAGCAAUGGCAGCGUUGCUGCUCGCGAGCCCCGGGUCGUACAAAACCGCACGCGCGUCGCUCACCCACGCAACCCGCAACAGCCUCACCGGCCGCGGCGUGUCGGCCGACCCGCGCAGUCACCGCGGCUACACGUACGACAGCGUCGCGUCCGCGCCCUCGGUCCCGAGGACGUCGUCACACUCGUCGUAACACUACACCGACACUGAUAUUGUUAUUGUCUAAGACCUUAGUUCCCAAAGUGGUCCAGGUGGACCACCAGGGGUCCACGGGAAACUCGACGGGAGUCUGCGUUGGCGUGACAAAAAAAUGUGGGUUCACAUUUCGUAUGCGUGAAGAACUAAAAUGAUAAUAUUUUAAGAAGCUCAGCGACUGUUACUUGUAAAAACUUGCAUAUUCCAUAUUCAGUACGACGUGUCUUUACUUUUUUGACAUCCAAUCACAGCACAAUCAAUUAAAUUCUCACUUUUUUUUCGAAAACUAUUAAUUUGUGGUUGGAACUCAGGAAUUUGCGUUGCAAAUUUCCAUAGUUGGAUCUAAUCUUCACAUUUUUUGUCGAGUUUUGGGAAUAUGGUAGAAAUGUAGCUGCAGGGUGUCCACCGGAACCAGCUAAAUUUUGAAAGUGGUCUAUGAGAGAAAACGUCUGGGAACCUCUGGUCUAAGACAUUUGUAUAUAACUAUGAAUAGAUAGGUCAAUUUAUCUAAUAGCGAUUAAAAUUAAAUGUUAUAGUU